AUGAAUUCAAUUCGAUCUUCUGAUUUUCUUUCAUCAAUACUCGAUAAUAUGGAUACACUAACCGCACCGUGUUUUUCACCUUUUCAUACCUCACAUGACGACAAUAGGAAACAGGAUUCUCCAUUAAUCAACCUUCCAAGUAGUAUUCUAGACAACAUAAUCUCGCAUAUACCGCUUAAAGUUCGUACUCUGAUGGUGGCUCCAGCAUGUCGUGCCCUUCGAGAUAGUGUCUACCGUUCGAUAACAUCGGUAGCUUUCUAUAAAACACAACUGGAUGAGCUUAGUGAUACUAGGAUCAAGUAUUUCCUAAGCAUUCACGGUCACAAGAUCACUGCUAUUAACUUCGAUUUAUUCCGAUCAGUUGAGGACGUGGCUUGUACUCAAUGGAAUUGGCGUCAGUCUGUGAUUACCGCUGUGAAAAUGUGCAGCAACCUCAGGGAACUUGAUAUUCUUGUGUGUAAACGCCAUCGUCUGAGAGAUACAGAUUUGCUCACGAUAUUUCGCGAGUGUCCUCAACUACAAGUUCUUUGUAUUGACGCCCAAUAUCUGAGUGGACAUUGCUUUCAGGUUGCCCCUGUUGGUUUGCAGCGCUUAGAACUGGAGAUGUGUCUGCGCUUGUCGGAAACCGCAAUGAGAUCCAUAUUUUCGCGCCUGAAAAAGCUUAAGGUCCUUUACGUGUCUGAUCUUAGAAUCCUAAAAGACUCAAUCAUAUCAGGAUUAGUGAGCAAUUUGAAGAAUCUAAGAGACCUUUCUAUUAUUGCAAACCCGGAAACGCCAAACAUGGAACUCUCGGCUUCUGCUUUGGGACAUUUAGCUCGUCUUCCACGUCUUCAGAAUCUUUGCCUCGAAGGUUUGCCUGCGGUUACGGAUCGGUUCCUUGCUGAGCUGAGUGAUGUCACCAAUAAUGCAGCUGCGCGGACAAUUACUAGUCUUUCGUUGGCAUUUUGCUUCAAUUUUAGCUCAAUUGGACUUCAACGACUGGCCAGGAUGCCUAAACUGGACAGCUUGAAUCUUGACGGUAUCACCAAACGAGACAUCUCGUCUGGUCUCGAAAAGAUUGCUGUGGAAUCCCGACUUGUGCGCCUACUACUAGCCGAGGGUACCAAUGUUUCAUGUGAUACACUGAGGGAAGUUUGUAAAGUUUCACCUCAGCUACGCCUUCUAGAUAUCAGCAAUAACGAUGUUAUGACGGACUUGAAUGCGGCAAAUUCAUUGGUAGCUCAAUGGGUGAUUUCUGGUCGCCCACCUUUGACUGUUUUAACUAACAAACAUCUGCCAUGGGGUAUGAUAACUAUACCGCAGUCGUUCCCAGAGUCCACACCUCCAGUGUUCAGCGUGGUUCAUUUACACAGGAACACAGUGCCAAUGAACGAGAUACUUCCUGGAAGUGUACUGUCUGAAGAGAAUUCGUCUCAACUCCCACACGGUUUGCUACUAGCUCGCCUCCGACGUGGUAAUAGAUAUCGCCUUCUCCACUCUUUGAGAUCGCUCUCACAGGAAGGGGGUGAUUCUGAUGAUCAGAAGGAGAACUCAUGUUCACCUACACAUCAGCGACCUCUUCGCAAAGGAAAAUCUCCAAAAAGUCCGGCGAACGUCCCUCUUAUAUGCUCUCCUCCUCCAUUACCGUUGUUUGCUGGCCAGCAAACAAAUAUUCACAGCCCCAAUGCGCUUACCACUAGCCCCAUUAUUAAUCAAACAUCAGAUCUGGCAAAUUGUCUCGGUGCAUGUGCUCCAUUACAAGCACCGCAGCUAAUAUUGCCCGAGCUGUGUCCCGGAGCCUUCCCUUCUCACGAUCUUGGUCGUUUAGUCCCGUCCGAUACGCCGCUAGAACCGUGGAUGAUGUGGUUAGCCGCAAAUGCUUCGUACACUCCCUCAGCUCUAACAUUCACCGACCCGCUGUCGAUGCUCACAGCGGGUAGCGCCGGCGCUCCAAGACCUCCAGUUGAGAUUCCGCAGCAGCCACGUUUUCACUACACUCGUGGACCACGGAACAAGCGUCGCUCGAAUCCUCAGAAACACUCGCCGCAGGCGGCAGCACAGCCGGUGUCAUUUAGCCCUACGGACUUCCCACCGCUGCAAUUCUGUGGUUCGCGACCGACCAUGGACUAUCCUAUCGCUUCGUCGUCUAACGACUUUUCAUCGAUUGCGCGACGUCUUUUGCUCAAUAGAGGACCGUGCUCAAGUUCGCAUCCACAUGAGAAAGAUGCGGAUGAAGUAGCCAAUCGAAAGUCUCAACAACAUACUGUACAGAUUGUAAAUCCAGGGAACGAUAAGGCGGAUCUUCAUUUGACAGCGGAGCGGACUAGUCAGGAGGAUACGUCCGUCGCUAUUCUAAAAUCAGAUGUUACCGAGAACAAGCUACCCACAGAACAAACCGCAUCAUCCCAGGCAAGUGACGCUCAAAACAACAGUACUCCAUGCUCUGAUGAACCACCUUCUGCCUUACCUGAUUCCUCAGUAGCGAAGGACCCUGGUUGCAGUACACAAUCCGUUGAAGAAGUGAGUUAA